AUGAAAAGCCGUGCUGAGCAUGCCGAGAAGUUUCUUGAAAGUGAACGCGAGCAUAAUAGAAACCUUCAGGACAUUAUCAAACUCUUGAAGUCAUCGAUCCCCUUGGCUCCCGCAUCUGUUCCGUCUACGACUUCUCCCACACCCGCCUCGGCGACUUCAACAUUCACACCGCUUUCUCCCAAUCUUCCAGAUAUCCCCGCUGGACUCGACCCUCUAGUCACCUUUGGCCUUAUUUUACUCAAGCUUGCGCCACCCAUCCCGGGUUCUCCCCCUCCCAUAUGCGAAACAUUCCGCUUCCGUAAAGAUUUCAGCGAAUUCUCAUCCUACCGUGGUGUGCAGUCGGAGCGAGGCAUUGCUGUGAAGCCUCACGAGUAUCUCACAGAUGAGAACGGGGAGUAUGUUGGAGAUGAGGAAGUCUCCGCUGCUGCAAAGUCACUGAAGCAGAUCUUCGCCUGGAGCUACAACGUCUGGUUGGAACCAGCCAAGUUUAGCUUGAAGGGCGAUCCCUUUGUUGAGUAUUUGCGUUCACGCAUGUACCAGCUUCAUCCAUAUUUUGCUUACUGCGACAACCAUUGGAAGCUGGAGCAUUUUGCGACGGAUAAGUACGCAGAUUGGAGUCGGAAGGAUGGUCCGAUGUUUAAGUGCUCCCGUAAUCCUGUCAUCCCCGUUCCCCUUCCUCGUCUUGGUGAAACCAUCGAGACUCGGGUCCGAGUACCUGUCAAGCGCGACCGAGAUUCAGAUGAUGAAGACCUCAACAAUACUGAGAUCAAGCGACGUAAAAAGGAGAAGAAGGAAAAGAAAAGAAAGGAUAAGGAGGAUAAGGGUAAGAAUCGAGCUGAGCCUUCUGGUGUCGCUGUAACAGCAUCAUCGACACCUUCGCAAGGCCCUUCCAUUGCAGUUGGCCAGCCACUGGCUGCAACAGCACCAGAAAACAUGUCCAGGCCAAGCGUCACCACGUCCAACGACACCUCCAAGGUUACUGCCGCCCCGUCCAACAGCGUUGAGAUCACUGCUACCCCAUCCAACGCCACCUCCACGCCUACUGCUACCCCAUCCAACGAGACUUCGGUGCCUGAUACUACCCCACCCAUUGAUACACUGAAGCUUUUGACAUCCAGCGUUACGAAUACAGAUGUUGAUCAACCUAUGACGUCUAUGAGUAAUCAUUUCGACAUCAACGCCACGUACCCACUUUUUGCAGGCUCAUUUACAAUGGCAAAUGCUGAUGACACCGCAUCGUUGAAGCCAACGCCAGAUGGCCUUGAUGCUAGUGUCGCUCUCGUAUCAGUAACACCACCUUCUCCUCAUUUCUCUCCUUCACCUCGACCCUCGCUUGGAGCAGCUUCCGUGUCACCCGCGCUUGAAGACCCUGCUUCAGGAACAGCUCAUGUUUCCGGGACUGCUAAGGCGACUAAUCUCGGCUUGACUCCUCUGCCUGCUUUAGAACGCAACACUCCUGCCUCUGGAUCGGAUUUUAAGCGCUCGAUUUUCUCCUAUGGGUCAGGCGGAGCUUCACAAACUGUCUCAAAGCCCUCUACUCGGCCUGUAACUUCUUCUCACUCGUUAUCUGCUUCUCGCCUUCUCUCUGGUUUGAAAUCUUCGACAGUCGAAAGCGAAACCAGCACCGACGCCAGUACUACUCCGAAGGCUUCUGAGUCUCUCCAGAGCCUUGAAGUUUCUGGCAAUGACAACGAUGAUAUCUACGGUGAUAGUGCUGCGGUUGGCGAUGUGGAUUUAUUCAACGAUACUACGCUAGAACGAGCCACCAACGCCGCUGCGCCACCCUCUCUUUCUGACGUCGACGAUCUGGAUGAUGCCGUCGUAGACCAAAACCAUCAAGAUUCUGAACCAUCUGUGGAACAGUCUUCUGGUGAUCUUUCUACAAAUGCAAGCUCUUUGUUGACGUCUGGAUCUGCUCCCUCCGACUCUGGAUCUAGUACUAACAGCACUCAAAACACUGGUUCGCCGCCGAACGGGACUUUUGACAAAGCGCUAUCGCCGCUAUCUCCAAAUGUGGUUCAGAAUAUCACUGAACCACCUGAGGCCCCCUCUGCUCCUCCUCGCCAUCGACUUCGAAGGGAGAAUGUUUUCGCCAACUUUACGGUACCACCACCAGCGCACGAGGUUCGCGCAACCACACCACCAGCGGAACCUACGACCAAGUCUGCUCCUGCCAAGUCGAACGAAGCGGAGGAUGUGGGUAUCGAGGAUGUUGGAGACGAUGGAGAUGGUGCAGGGGAGGAAAACGAAGGAGAGAAGAAGGAUGCUGGGAAAGGUAAAGGGAAGGGAAAGGCUAAAUCGGGUUCAAAGAAAGCGUCAUCAGAGAAGUUUGAGACGGUUCCCGAUAAGCAUCCGAAUACACCGAGAUCUCUUUAUCUCGCCGAUUAUAUCACACAGAAUGGGCCUGUCACGAAGACCGUAUUCAAGGCUAUUUGGGAUAACAUUGAUAAGAAGACUUUAAGCGAGUACAAAAAGCGUUCUAACGAUAUCAAGAAAGGUACCCGCACCUCUGGUUCAGCAUGA